CACCAUCGCGCUUCUUCAAUAUUCUCGGGUUGAACUUUGAACUGAUCACUAUGAGAUGCUGCUCAGCGGCUGAUUCCUCUCCUAUCCUCUCCUUCCAUCUCCACCGCCGCUCACGACCUUCCGUACUCCGUCAACGUCAAUGGCUCCCCCUCCGCUUCAAGAGAACCCCGUUGGAGCCCUGAACCCGCUCCCGCAGGUCCUCCUCCUCCGCCACCCCGCACAAUUCGCCCUCAUCAACAAACCCCUGCCCGACCACCUCUGCCACUUACUCAAGCCAUGGGAAUCGCCCCUCCCCUUCGACCAGUUCGUCCUCGCCCACGCCCAGUCCGCUCGUGCCCUCCUAGCAUCCGGCGGCAUGCCCGUCACCGCCGAUCUGAUCCGUAUGCUGCCGGAGCUCCGCCUCGUAGUCACCACCAGCGCCGGCCUCAACCAUAUUGACCUCGCUGAGUGCCGCCGCCGCGGGAUCGCCGUGGCCGACUCCGGCGGCGUUUACUCCGAGGACGUUGCCGACGUGGCUGUGGGGCUGCUCCUCGAUGUCUGGAGGAGGGUCUCGGCUGCUGAUCGUUACGUGCGGGCCGGGCGGUGGGCCCGGGAUGGGGAUUUCCCUCUCGGGUUUAAGAUCGGUGGCAAGCGAGUCGGAAUUGUCGGGCUGGGAAGGAUUGGCAUGGAGGUGGCUAAAAGGCUCGAGGCACUUGGAUGUAUUAUUUCAUACAACUCGAGAAAAGAAAGGCCUUCGGUUUCCUAUCCCUUUUACUCCAAUGUACGUGAUCUAGCAUCCAACAGCAACGCCCUUGUAAUUUGUUGCGGUUUGACGGAUGAAACCCUUCACAUGAUCAAUAAGGAAGUGAUGUUGGCUCUGGGGAAGGACGGUGUGAUUGUAAACAUCGGGCGGGGGGCCAUCAUCGAUGAGAGGGAGAUGGUGCAGCUUCUGGUGAGGGGAGAGCUCGGGGGUGCAGGGAUGGACGUAUUUGAGAACGAGCCUAAUGUUCCAAAGGAGCUGAUUGAGCUAGACAAUGUUGUGAUGACCCCGCAUAACUCGGUCUUUACCCCGGAAUCCUUCUCGGACUUGUGCGAGCUCGUGGUGGGGAACUUGGAAGCAUUUUUCUCAAAUAGGCCUUUGCUUUCUCCAGUUUCACUGGAAUGAGCCAGAGUGUUUCUCCUCAGUUUCCGUUGGAUAUGUCCAUUAGGCGGAUUCCGUGGCCAGAUAUUUCUUCUGUCACAACCUUUUGCUGGAGAUGUCGCUAGGCCAAAGAGGUAUGAUGGAGCUAAUAGCCUAUGCUUAUAUGUUCGCUCCUGCUCCUUGGGCAAAACGAAUUCUCCCAAGAAAGGGUCGUCUCAUUUUCUCCUCCGGGAAAAGAAGCUGAAUGGAGUCAAGAAGCUGAGCCUGUUCCAACUUAUCGAAUUUCAAGCUGGGUUGGUUUGAAGCUUCCUGUGCAAAAUGAUCGAUUUCCAGUUGAUGCCAUUUACAUGGAACUCUUUGACUUGAAGUUUGUUUAGAUCAGUCAUUCAUCAUGCUUUAUAUAAAGCACCUGCGGGUGCUUAUUUAUGCGCGGCAUGUGUUUUAUGCUGUGAGUGUCGUCGGUCGGGAAGUUCAACUGCACGAGGAGUGCUGGUUCGGCCAAUUAUGUGAUCAAUACUUUUUUUAUAUAUAGUAUAUAUAUAGAAGCGGGCAUGUGCAAUGAGCGAGCCUUGCAUCAGAGUU